AAGAUUGGAAUAAAAAGAAAUUUGUUUCAUGAGACAUGGGCAACUGUCUUACAGCAAUGUUUGGUCGAAAAAAAGAAGAAAAACCUAGACGUCCAGCUUCUAAAUCCAAAAAUUUGUCUCAGUUUGGAUUAUUUAACAUUCCUGAUGAUUUCCAACCCAUGGAUAAUGAACCAACUGAUAGCGAAGAUGAUGAUUUUGAAGCUGAGCUAGCGGCCAUCACAUCAGGAAAUGGACCAAAGAAACCACAACGACAAAAGCCUAAACCAAAUCUAGUUUCACCUGAUGCUUUAGAUCAAUUAGUUUCAGCUAGUUUAAGAGAUAUUCCGUCCGAUGAAGAAGUUAAUUCUGAUGAUGAAAAUGAUCCGACACUAUUAAGUGAACUACACGAGUUGGCUGGAGUACCUCCUGUAGUUGAAAGUCCUCCAAAUGUUGAUGAUCCAGGCGAUGGUGAUAUUAGUCAAUUGCUACAGAAUCGAUUGAAAAUGUAUGAAACUGCUGAAGAUAAUGCAAAGAAAGCUGGUGAAAGUUCAAGAGCUAGACGUCUUGGACGUGGAAUAAAAACAUUAAAAGAUUUAAUUAAGAAUGUUAAUGCUGGAAGAAAUAUUGAUCAAGCUGAUAUUCCUCCAGAAGUUGCAAUUACAGUUCACAAGAAACCUGAUCCAGAGCCCGCUGUUGAGCCUAGUCCUGAAACAAAUGUGCCAGUAAAACCUCCUACAAUUGACCUACCGGCUGCGCCAGUUAUAUCACCGGAAGAUAAUAGUAAUAUAGAUAUGCUAAAUGAAAGAAAAAAACAGUACAAGCUCGCAGCUUUAAAAGCUAAAAAAGAAAAUGAUAAUGUAACAGCUUUAAAUUACAUAAAAAUCGCAAAACAAUUUGAUGUUAUUAUUGAAGCAAUACAAAACGGUCAAGAGGUUGAUUUAAGCAACAUGCCUGGACCUCCACAGGAGAAACAAAAUAUUCCAAUGAAAGAAGAAUCGGAGACGCAAAAAAGUCCACAAGCCGAUACAGUUAUCAGUCCUGAUCCUGGAGUGUCUGUUUCAGAGGAAACUGAGGAAGAUGCUCCAGCACCGGCAUUAAUAACAGCUUCAAGUGUUGCUGAAGCGCUACAACAAAGAUUAGAAAUAUAUAAAGGCGAAGAGCAAAAAGCAAAGGAAGCAGGAAAUUCCAGUAAAGCUAGACGAAUGGGUCGUAUUGUUAAACAAUUCCAAGAUGCAAUUCGAUUAAAUAACGCUGGCAAACCGAUUCCAAUUGACGAACUACCAACUCCACCUGGAUUUGCACCAAUUCCUGUUCCAGGCGGUGCUCCAAGCGAACCACCACCUCAAUUAAAACCAGCACCAGCUCCACCAAGACCAGCCCCGGCUCCUCCAAGACCAACUUCAGAGCCAGCGACUGAAGAGGGGACUGCAACUCAGCCUCCUACUCCACCCAAACGAGGCACUGUCCGAAAAUCGGGUAAUCAAUCAUCAACUACCCACAAUGAACGACAAUUAGAGGUGUUAUUAGCGAAACAAAAGGAAUUUAAAUUAGCGGCUUUAAAUGCGAAAAAGAAUGGAGAAAUUAUGCAAGCGAAGGAAUAUCUAAAAAUGGCUAAAGGUAUGGAUGCUUUAAUUGAGGCUGCUACAUGUGGCUUACCGGUGGAUAUGUCAACAAUUCCAAUCCCAGCUACUGCACGAUCCGAAUUAGAAGAUGGAUUUGAUUUUGUUAUGACUGCAGAAUGUAAUGACGAUGAUUCCGAAAUGACCGAUAUUUUAGGACGAAUGGAAAAGCAAUUAUUGAAACAAUUAAGUUUAUGUUUAAGUACUCGGGAUCAUUUGAAAGCAAUUGGUGAUGUGGCUGGUUUAAAUCGUUUCGAGAAUUUAGCAUUAAGUGUGACACGUGAUUUGGAUAUGAUACGAGUACUACGACGAUCUGGUGAUAAUCCAAAACCACCAAAAUUCCAUUAUGAGACGAAAAACUUUUCGGUUGUUAAAUGUAAUACCGAUUUAAAUGAUGAUGAAUUGGAGUUAAUUAUUGUUCGUGGUAUUAAUUAUAAAUGUCCAAAUCCGACCGAUAUUGAUACGUAUGUGAAAUUUGAAUUUCCAUUUCCACAGGAGGAUCCACCAAAGGAUCGAACUUCUACUGUAAAAGAUACAAAUAAUCCAGAAUAUAAUGCAAGUUUUAAGUUACCAAUACAACGGAAUGCACGUGUCUGUCAAAGAGUAUUUAAGAGACAGGGUGUAAAAUUUGAGGUGUAUUCUAGAGGUUGUUCAGAUUGGUGUUGCAUCUUUGAUUGUGUUGCAUCUUGUUGCAGCGGCUUCUUACGGAGUGAUACCUUAUUGGGAACAGUUACUGUCAAGUUACAGCAAUUAGAAUCAAAAGUGGAAAUUCAUGAUUCAUUUGAUCUAUUGGAAGGACGUAAAGCAGUUGGUGGAAAAUUAGAAGUCCGUCUACGAAUAAGAGAUCCAUUACAAACACGUCAAAUAGAAGAAAUGACCGAAAAAUGGCUUAUAAUUGAUUCUUCUUGAGUCUAAAUUUUAAAAAAAUAACUUAACAGAACAAAUUGUCUAAAAACUGAAGGUUGAUCUAGAAAUCUUAAAACGAAUUUCGUUUUUAAUAAACAAUAAAUAUAAAACUUUAGUCUUAUCUAUUAAAUAUAUAUUUUUCAUAUUUGUUUUCUGGCCACAUGGUUUUAUAUGGUAUUUUUUUGGAGACAUAGGAUAGGAUGAGAUCCAAAGUGAUGGUGCUUUUAAAAAAAUAAACAAUAUUGAAUGAAUGGGGUUGUUUUUACCCAUAAAAUGUUAUAAAUAAUAUUGAU